AUGGCGCUGCGCGAGAACGAACAGUCCGAUAGGAGACACGGGUCCGAGAGCUCAAGUACUGGUAGCUGGCUAUCACAGGACACCGUGAGGGAGAACCAGAGCAAUAACAACAACAACAACAAUAACAGCAGCAGCAGCAACAAUCCCACUCGCCAAAACUCGACCUCAGCGGCCUCCAACGGUCGCAACCCUUCGUCAUAUGUGGACUCUGUCAAGAUGGGGAGGUCUGCAUCCCAGGGCAAGAAACCCCCCUGGUCGACCUCCUCAAACGAUCUGUACACCUCCAUGUUCUCCUGGAGUUCCCCCGAAGUAUCCCCCACCGAUCCACGCAUCGAUAACAACCCCCCCGUGCUGGGCAAUCACAGAAAGGCGCUCGCCGUUCUCGGAGCCGAUGACCCUAUGAGCAAUCCCUCGGGUUCCAACAGACGACCCCCGCCGAGUAUGAACGCCGUCAACUACAACCAGCAGGAGUCUAUUGCGCCGUGGCUCGCAUCCCCGGGCAUCGGCCCCACGGAUGGACCCGCGACUUUCUUCCACGACUACUCGGAGCAUGAGGCAUCUCCCGCCUCCCCGUCAUUUCGCCCUGGAACCAGCCGUACCUUCUCCAGCGAACCCGCCGACCUGGACUUCCAUGCCAAUGGUGACCACCGCAGACCCUCCGUGGCCAGCGCAACGACCAUCAGCAGUCAGGGCUCCAAGUCCAGCGCCAGCGGCAAGUUUCGCAAGCGGUUACAAGGGUUCUUUGGGGAUGAGUACCUGGGCUCCUCCAAUGGCAAUGGCAAUGCGGCGGCGGGGGCCGGUUCGCUCGAUACCAGGACCGAGGGCGAGACGGCAAGCCUGAACAACACCCAAACCGUCCGGAUCAAUUCCCUCGACCUCUUUCAAGCCCGGGAGAGAGCAAAUUCAGACGGCGCGCGAAACAUCCCCGAACGUCUGGACGAGGAUCAGUCGUCCACCCAUCAUCCAUCCCGACCGCGAACCCCCUUACCCUCCAGUGAAAUCACCCCAUGGGUCUAUCAGAGCUUCAAUGACAUCCCUCAAUUCGGAGAAGCGCCCAUCCGCCACCUCCCCACCAACAGGCUCGACCAACGGGAAAAUUCCCUGUCCUCCACCUCUUCCCAGAAGGAUUAUUCCACGGUUCGCCGGCCACAUCGCCACUCCCGAAGCAAGGAGGAGGUCCCCACCGUCGCGGGGGAUCUCGCGGGUUACUCCUACCGCCCUCAGACCGGCCGUGACGACAACACCCUGGGGCUUCGCCCCUUUCGCGAUGGGUACCUGACCUCCUCCACCGCAAUGAGUUCCUCCACCACCCUGGGCGGUCGUUCCAGCAGCCCCACGCCGAGUAUUCAGAGCGUGAUGAUGCGGGAGCAAGCGGGGCAGAAUUCCCCCGGCAUGGCCUCGAAUAAGCGUUCCAUCCUCGACAAAAUCCGCCGCAAAGGCCACGGCCACCUGAAACAUCAUCUUCCGGGCAGCUCACGGACCGGCCAGGACACCUCCACUAAACCCCCAUCCAAGCUGGGCUGGCGAGAAGCUUCCCCCUCGCGCAGAGGUCGACAGGGCAGUCUGGAAGGCUCCCAGUCCCUGAAAUCCAGCGAUACUCUCGAGACGGAGCGCAAGAAGGACGGCAAGGGCCUGGCCAUCGGCCCAGCCAAGUUCCGGAACCGCCGUGCCGCCGCCAAUGCCGACACCGUCCUCGGGGGCGGUGGCCGCGAGGAGAAACCGCUGCAUGAACAGGAUGGUGUCUGGCAGCUGGAUACCGACCUUGAUCACAUGGAGGGCAUUGUCAGCCAACCCCGCGCGCUGUCGCCUACGGACCGCGGGCGAAGGCUGGAUCAACCCCCCACCUUUCAGGAGGACGGGCAAGCAGCCGCCGCCGCCGCCUUCACCUCUGCCUCUACCUCCGCCGCCGCCGCUGCCGCCGCCGCCGCCGCCGCCGCCGCCGCCGGCGGUGCCGCUGCCGACUCCCAGGCCGCGGGCCAUUGGGACGCACCCGAGAGCUGGCAAGUGAAGAGGCAUGGCGACGAUCUCAUCGCCCGCUUGCCCGAAAUCACCCAGGAGGCCAACGGUGACCUGGUCGACGAUGACGGCCUCUCCUACUUUAUUCGCAUCUUCCGCAUCGACCUCACAUUCGCCACCCUGUCGGCCGGUCUGAACACCACCGUGGCCGACAUCCUGCUCAUGCUUGGCCGCAAGUCCUUCCUGCAGGACCACCUCAACAACUACGAGAUCGUGAUGCGCAAGAACGACCUCUCCCGGCAGCUCGACCACAAGGAACGGCCGAUCUUGAUGCAGAAGAAGCUGCUCGAGCAGGUCGGCUACACGGCCAAAGACCGGAUCGAAGACAUCGGCCGCGAGGACCAUAGUUACCUGUGCCGCUUCAUCUUCCUGCCUACCAAGCUCAGCGGGUACAGCAGUCUCGAAGGCGACCCGGGUUUCAACAAAUUGCAAAAGUUCAGCCAUGUCGAUCUGCAGGGCCGCAGUCUCGUGACCAUCCCCAUCACCUUGUACAAAAAGGCCCCGGAAAUCAUCUCCCUCAACCUAUCCCGGAACCUGUCGCUCGAUGUGCCCAAGGAUUUCGUCCAGAGCUGCAUCAAUCUGCGGGAGAUCAAGUUCAUGAGUAACGAAGCCCUCCGGCUGCCCACGAGCUUCAGUCUCGCCAGCCGGCUGACGUAUCUGGAUAUCUCCAACAACCGCCUGGCGGACCUGGCGCAUGCGAAUCUCAACCAGCUGCAUGGUCUGGUCAGCAUCAAGAUGGCCAACAACCAGUUGACCACCUUACCGGCGUAUUUCGAAAACUUCCAGUCCCUGCGCAGCCUCAACAUGUCCUCCAACAGUUUCCAGGAGUUGCCCGAGUUUCUCGUCAAUCUGAAAACCCUGGUCGACCUCGACAUCAGUUUCAACAGCAUCCAGGAGUUGCCCAACAUUGGCCGCUUGACCACUCUCGAGCGCCUCUGGAUGACCAACAACAUGAUCAGCGGGCCCCUGGAUGAGACCUUCAAACAUCUCGUCAACCUGAAGGAGAUCGAUGCUCGCUUUAAUUCCAUCACCAACAUGGACAAUCUCUUCCAGCUGCCGCGCCUGGAACAGCUCCUCCUGGGCCACAACGCCGUCUCGAAAUUCAAGGGCUCCUUCCCCAAACUGCGAACCCUCGGCCUCGACCAUUCCCCGGUCACCCAGUUCGAUAUCGACGCACCGACCCCGACCCUGACCUCUCUCAACGUCGCCUCCGCGAAGCUGGUGCAAUUCCGGGAUUCCCUGUUCGAGAAUGUGCCGAAUCUGACCAAGUUGGUGUUGGAUAAGAACCACUUCGUCUCGCUCUCCCCGCACAUCGGCAAGCUUCGCCGACUGGAGCAUUUCAGCAUGAUCAAGAACCCCUUAUCCUCCCUCCCCGCCACGGUCGGCUGUCUCACCGAGCUCAAAUACUUCAAUCUGAGAGAAUGUAACCUGAAGAAGCUGCCCCCGGAGAUCUGGCAUUGCACGAAGCUGGAGUGCCUGAAUGUGUCUUCCAACGUCCUGGAGAGUUUCCCCAAACCGGGGAGCCCCGCGCCCCAGCUUCCCCUCGAACUUACGCCCACUCCUCCGGCCACGACCCCGAGCGGCGGUGGCGGCGGCGGCGGCGGCGGCGGCGGGUCCAUGACCCCGACCUAUGAAGAGCUCGAGACUCUCGACGAGUUGCACAACACGCGCCGCCCCAGCCAGACCUCCGGAGGGGUCAUCAGUUCCGGUAGCUCCCCGAAUGCUUCGUACCGGAAGCCAUCCGUCGCCUCGUCCCUCGGACAGGGAAGGAAAGUCUCGACCACCUCGCGGUCCGCGACGGAGAGCAACCAGUCGACCCGGAAGGACUCGAAUUUCUCCCAGCAUGUGGCCACCACGUUCGGUGGGUCGCUGCGAAACCUCUAUCUCGCCGACAAUCGGCUGGAGGACGACAUCUUCCGCGAGCUGGCACUGAUCCCUGAGCUGCGGGUGGUCAAUCUCUCGUACAACGAGUUGACGGAACUGCCGCAGGGUUUGCUCAAGCGCUGGCCGAACCUCUCCGAGCUGUAUCUGUCUGGUAACGAGUUGACCUCGCUCCCGUCAGAUGACCUCGAGGAAGGGAGCAACCUCAAGGUGCUGCACAUCAACGGGAACCGCUUCCAGGUCCUGCCCGCGGAGCUGUGCAAGGUGAGCAAGCUUGCGAUCCUGGAUGUCGGCAGCAAUGCGCUCAAGUACAACGUCUCGAACUGGCCCUACGACUGGAACUGGAACUGGAACCGCAACCUCAAGUACCUCAACUUCUCGGGCAACAAGCGGCUCGAGAUCAAACCCAACGUCACCUCCCUCGGCCAGACCACCACCAACGGCGCGGAUCUCACCGACUUCAAUUCCCUGACCCACCUCCGCAUCCUGGGCUUGAUGGACGUCACCCUGACCAUCCCUACGAUCCCGGAGGAGACGGAGGAUCGCCGAGUGAGAACGUCCGCCUCGCUGGCCGGGUCGGUCGCCUAUGGCAUGGCGGACACCCUGGGACGCAGUGAGCAUCUCUCCAUCAUCGACAUGAUCGUCCCCCGGCUCAAGCCGGACAACGUGGAAACGCUGGUCGGCAUGUUCGACGGGCAGACCCAAUCCACCGGUGGUUCGAAGAUCGCCAAGUUCCUCCACGAGAAUUUCACCUCGACCUUCUCCGCGGAGUUGAAGAAGCUGCAGGCCGACCAGGAGGAGACGCCGCUGGAUGCGCUGCGACGGACCUUCCUGGCCCUGAACAAGAACAUGGCGGCGGCGGCGUACAAAAAUGUCGAUGACCGCGGGGUCCGGCAGUACCGCCGUGGCUCGGCGGCGGCCAAGCUGCUCAACCAGGACGACAUCCACUCCGGCGGCGUGGCGACGGUGUUUUACCUGCACAACAUGGAUCUCUACGUGGCCAACAUCGGCGAUGCGCAGGCGAUCCUCGUCAAGUCCGACGGCACGUUCCGGCCGCUGACCGAGAACCACGACCCGGCCGAGUCUCGCGAACGCGCGCGGAUCCGCGCGGCGGGCGGGUUUGUCUCUCGCAACGGCAAACUCAACGAUCUGCUCUCCGUCUCGCGUGCGUUUGGAUAUUUCCAGAUGAUGCCCGCGGUCAUCGCCGCGCCGCAUACCGCGCACAUCAACCUCACCGAGCAGGAUGAGAUGAUCGUCCUGGCCUCGCGCGAACUGUGGGACUACGUGACGCCCGACUUGGUGGUGGACGUGGCGCGGCUCGACCGCCGAGAUCUGAUGCUCGCCGCGCAGAAGAUCCGCGACCUGGCCCUCUCGUUCGGGGCUAGCAACAAGCUCAUGGUGAUGAUCCUCGGCGUGAGCGACCUGAAGAAGCGCGAGCGGUUCAAAUUCCGGGGCACCAGUCUGUCCAUGGGCCCAUCGACGUUUCCCGAAGAGUCGAUCAUCCCGAGCACGAAACGGACCAAGAAGCCCCGUGAUCUGCCGGGCGACUCUCGCCUGGCGCGGUUUGACUAUGUCGACGCCCCCGUCGGAGAACUCGCCAUCAUCUUCACGGAUAUCAAGAAGUCCACGAACCUGUGGGAAAGCUGCCCGGAGGCCAUGCGCUCCGCCAUCCAGAUCCACAACGACAUCCUCCGUCGGCAGCUGGGGAUCAUCGGCGGCUACGAGGUCAAGACCGAGGGGGACGCGUUCAUGGUGGCGUUCUCGACCACCACGGCCGCCCUGCUGUGGUGUUUCAACUGCCAGAUCCAGCUGCUGGACGCCGAAUGGCCCACCGAGAUCCUGGAGCAACCGCAGUGUCGCCUGCAGUACGACCAGGACAACAAUAUCAUCUUCCGGGGCCUGUCGGUGCGGAUGGGCGGCCACUGGGGCGAGCCCGUGUGCGAGCAGGAUCCCAUCACCAACCGGAUGGACUACUUUGGCCCUAUGGUCAACCGGGCGUCGCGGAUCUCCGCGGUGGCGGACGGCGGGCAGAUCUUCGUCUCGUCGGAUUUCAUGAGUGACCUGCAGCGGAACCAGGAGCUGUUUGCCGACAGCGGGCGGGCGGGCUCCACGAGCUCGAGCGAGAGCUACACCUACGACGCCAUGGGCCACAACAUCCGCCGCGAGCUGCAGCAGCUCAGCAGCCAGGGGUUCGUGAUCAAGGACCAGGGCGAACGCAAACUCAAGGGGCUCGAGAACCCGGAACCGCUCUACCUGAUCUACCCGCACUCGCUUUCCUCGCGGGUCGACGCGCUCGAUGAAAACGCGCCCAGCAGCCAGUUCACCCCGACCACCAUCAGCCGCCAUUCGCAACUCGAGAUCCAGACCGACCUCAUCUGGCGUCUGUGGGAGAUCACCCUCCGUCUGGAACGGCUGUGCGGCGCCUUUGAGAACCCGUGCGGGAGUCGGUUGGGCCCGCCCAAUUCGGCCCUUUUCAACAUCGUCAAGAACCACGGCGGAGAGCUUGCCGACUCGACUGUCAUCAGUUUGGUCGAACAGCAGGUCACUCGCAUCGAGAGCGCAAUUAAUACCCUCAGCCUACGACAUAUGAUGCAACCGUUCCGGCCUGGCGAUCGGCUCGAAGACCAUGCCGUCCCCAUCACCGAGGUCAUGCAGCAGCUGCAGACCCAGCUCGCCGAAUAUCGAGCUCUCAAGGAGCAGCUUGCCGUCAACGCCGCGAGCGUCGUCCGGCCCGCUGUGCCAUCGUCGUUCCCUCCCGACGGGACAGAGACCAGCGUCAGCUCUACCUCCUCCUCCUCCUCUUUCAUCCGUCUGCAGUCGACUUGA